UCUCUCGACUGCAUUAUGGGUAAAAUCCAAUAUGGAAGUUCAAGGGAAAGACUUUCCAUAUCACUGCAUGAAAACAGCUAAUUUCAGGUCCCUAAACUAAUGUCUCCAUGUAAUGGAAGGAGGACUGGCCAUGUCACAGUCUAGAACCAGCAGCCUAAGCAGAGACCAGCAGACACUGGAGCCAGGCAGGAGGAAGGCUGGGACACCCGCCACAUUGACUCAUUGCUCCCAGUUUGGACCAGUGGCUCAGUCGGAGCCCAGACAUUCAAGUGCCUUUGGCGACCUUGGUGCUGUGGACUGGGAUUACUUCAGCAGUGAUGUUGACCCCAGUGCUGUACAUGGAACAUACGCGCUAAAUGGGGAAGUAAGUCAGGAGGAUUCUCUUGGAGUGAAUGUGGAGACACCUGGGGAUGAUAUGGAGAACUAUUUUAGAUCAAACUUACACUUGUUAGAACAUUUACGUGUACAGGAAGGACCCAGUGGUACAGAGACCUCAGUGAGAAGGAAUAACAUCCAGGUGAUAUCUCAUUCUUUUGGUCAAGUGACUGGGCAGGGGGAUAUUGACCAGGAUGUAGGUCACUCUAAUACAGGUCAAGGUGAAGGCCAGUCAGACAAACCUAUAAUGCCAAAAUCCUCUUUUGCAACUGUUAAUGGUGGAGAAACCUCGAUGCAAAGCCUUGGUUCUGAAAGACACAGCUGUGCCAUAGAUGGUGGUGAGGAAGAAUUGGAACGAAACUCAAAUGUUGCGAAUAUACCUGUUAAUACUGUGAAUUCAGAAGAUACAAAAUGCAAGUCAAAUUCUUCAAAAGGUGGCCAAAUUUUUAAAGGUAGAAAAAAUACAAGUGUGACACAGACUGUGGUGAGGCCUUCGACUGACGGGUCAGAUAAUGAUAAUAUGAAUACUGAUUUAACAACUCCUCAUAUGUUAACGCACAUAAGACAUGGGGAAAUACCCACUUCAGAUGAAAAUAACCACAGAUCUGUACUGACCUCACUGGAAACUGCAUCUCUUAGUCAUAAAACUGGGUAUCCUUCAGACCAUGACUUCCAUAGUAGCUGGUCGGAUAAAGAGAGCAAUUUACGGAGUAGAGGAUCUGGAACUCUGUAUGCCACCUUGAAUGGUCCUACAGACCAUGGCAGUUACACUAAGAGGGAACAAGUGACAGGUACAACAGGUGCUAGCGUGUCACCGAGGGACGCACCUGGUUGUGACAGGUGUGGUAUUCAAGGUGUGCAGGUGACACGUGACAAUGCACAGUGCCAUGUGUGUAAUGCUAAUGGUUUAGACCCACCUGACAGACAAGCCACCAGUGCCAGUAGCACCAGAACAAGUGUUCACUGUAGUAAUGGUGGUGAUUCUGGUGGCAGUGCAGGGGAACCAAGUAAUACCAGUAGCACAGCUCAGAACCAGGAAAACGAUGUGCUGGAUUUUAUUGACACUGACAUUUCUAGUCAAGUGUGUAACGGAUUGGUGAAUUCUGCUAGUUACAGGACUGCAUACUCCCUUUCAGUAGACCAGUCUGGCUUGAAUGACGAUUCCUCUUCUGAUGAGGGGUUUCCUCAGCAGCCACUCAAUCUGCCGCUGUCUUUCAGGAACGGUGAUAUUGGUCUAGGAGACGAUGAUGCAGCAUCGUGUAGUUCUGAAGAUGAAGGUUUACCUCGGACUAGACAUCAACACGGAGAGCUAAUGGUGGGUGGUGCUGGUGCUACUGUCCCUAGUGACUCCCAGCAAUUGUCUUGCAAUAUUGUAAAUAGUGGUAGCAGUAGUAGUGGUACCAGUGCUAGUGCCAGGCCUCGUGCCUUCCCUUGCCCUGCUGGCUGUGUGCACUCCUGCAUGUGCAAUAGCCCCAUGCCAAAGAUUCCCAGCAGUAUAGCUAACAAAAGGAAAAACAAUUUCUACAAGGAGCAGCACCAAAACAAUUUGAACGAUGCACACGAGGCACAGGCUUCCUCGAACUCAGAAAGCUACCAGUCCUCCCCCUUUUACAGUCCAGAUACAGACUUUCUUGACUUUGACCUUGACCCCGGGUCAAGUGAGUGGACAAUGUCAGGGUCAGAUGGAGGUCAUGGAGAGGUGGAUGACCUUGGUGGGGGUCAUUGCCCUAGGGUGAGGGGUAACAUAGACUUUGUUUCCAGAGAACAUGACAUCCAGGAUGUGCUGCAGCUCGAUCCUGCCGUCAGUUUUAACAAUUUAGAUUUCAGGUUCGAGGAGUUCUCCUCGAGCCACAGCUUUGAGCAGUCCAAUGUGUCGAGGCAGACCUCGACGUCAAACUUUGACAAUGACGAGAACAGCUUUCAGUUUGAGAUCCCCCAGGACCUGGAGGAAAGCGAGCAAACGUGUCGCAAGGAGAGGGAUGGAGACAGCGACGAGGACGAGCUGGCAGCACCAGCAGGCUGGGCUGAGCAGACAGCAAGGCAGCUGCACAAUGUGAACUUUGACCAGGGUGACCUUGGAGGCGAUGAGAUUCAGUUGCUGGGUUUCUUAGAGCGCCAGGAGCUGCUGCAUACUCUGCCUGAUACCGAUGAGGAGGAGGAGGAAGAGGAAGAUUUAUAUGUGGGAGCAAGUGACAAUAUUGAUGAUGGGGGCAUUGAUGGCAAUCUGGGUCACAGUCAGCAGUCGGAGCAACAGAAGCAGCAGCAGAAUCACAUGAUACAGGAGAAGCAACAGGACCCUAAAGUGAAGAAAACAAUGAUAUGGAAAGAGUACGAAGCGUUGUCUUUACAAGUCAAACAGAUUGGAACCUCGGCUUGCGGACCAACUGCUGUUAUUAAUGUCCUGCAAGCGUUAAAGGUGGAGAUGGACCAGGAGAUGGUGAGCAGCCGGAUCAGGGCUCGGCUGAGGGCAGAGACAGCUCCAGUUGCUGAAUAUCUCCUCUCCAGGAGUGUGGCAGGCACCACAGCAGAAGACCUGAUAGCAGGUAUAGAGCAGGUGACAGAGGGUCAUGUCAAGGGCAGGUUCUUCCAGUUCCAUCCCCACCAAGACAUCAAGCUACUUCACUGGCUGAGUGCCUGGAUUUGUAAAGGUGCUGUUCCCCUCGCCACCCUCAACCUCCAGUGUGGCACGCCCCCUGGUGGCCAGAACCUGAUCCCAGACGCCUGGCAUCACCAGAUGGUCUACGGAGUGGGACCAAAAGGUAUCUAUCUAACCAACCCUCUAGAGCUAGUCCCUGAAGAGACCAUGCUGGCCCAGUUAUGUUGUGAGUCCCUGCUGCUGAUCCGCAGGGAGGACAUUGUGAAGAGGUGGAGUGUAGACUGUGAUCUCAGACCUCUCCUCACCCAGGCUGACCCAAGAUGGAGGACGCUGAAUGUACUAGGGCAAGUGAUCAAUGUGAUACGAGAAGAGUUCACUCCUCAUGUCCCACCGUCUCGCCCACAGCUGACGUCCCACGUCACCAUUCCAGCCAUCUACAAACCUGGGAUCACCCUGUUUGUACUGCGGAGUGACAGCCAAGCACUGCAGGAGCUGCUGCUGGCUACAGAUCUGCCUUGAGAUAGAAUCAAAAACAUGCAAGACCUACUAGAGAUUUGCUGUAAGUUAAAGCCCAAAACUGAAAAAAAAAACUACAACUCGCAACAGUUGUUGUGAAAAACAUGCAAAUGCUACAUAACUUCCCCAAGUUUGUAGCAUAAAACUGCAAAACUGGCUGAAAAACAUGCAAGAUUGACAGAUCUAUCCCAGAGUUUUUAGCCAAAAGCUGAAAAACUGCAGGUGGUUACAGGUCUGUCCUAGCACCAAAAACACACAAGAUCUACAGAUCUUCCUUGUGUGUGUAGCCAAAAACCGCAAGAACAACAGCUGGCUACAGAUCUGUCUAAGAGGCAAAACAUGCACAAUUUACAACUGGCUACAGAUCUGUCUUUGUUCCUAGAUCUACAGAUCUACCCCAAGUUUGUAGCCAAAACUGCAAGAACUUCAUUGGGCUACAGAUCUGUCUAAGCACCCAAAACAUGCAAGAUCUUCAGAUUUACUAUGAGCUUUUAGCCAAAAACUGAAAGAACUGCCCACAACUGGCUGCGGAUCAUCUUAUAGAGCACAUUCAGAUCGGCUGACUAACAGAUCAAUUAUAGCGACCCACUAAAAAGCUUGCCUUUUAAUUCCAGAUUAGACACUGAAUAGCUUCCCCGGGGGGAUUACACAAGAAGCGUUCAAGUGGGUCGGCCAUAUUUGAUCCUCGGAUCUGCUAGUCUGCAGUUCUGAAUGCGCUGAUAGUGACAGUCAGAUGAUGCAAGAACCACUGCUGGCUUACUUCCCCAAUUUAUGAUCAGAAUGCAAGAACUGCAGAAGGCUGUUGAGUUUUUUUUUUUUUUUUUUUUUUUUUU